AUGAGCCUCGGCUUCUUGGCCACUGGCCUGAAGAUGAUUGGGCUUGGUGUAGGAUCUCAUUUUUGGCAGGUCAAAUAUGCCGACUAUGAUCCCGGGUUUCUGAUUUACGGCACUUGCACGACCAUGACCUACUCCCUUACUGUUGUUCUGGCAAAACUGUCACUUCUGUUUCUCUACCUACGACUAUGUCCUGACCAGAGCUUCCGUAUCGUUGUCAUGACGUUGAUUGGAAUCGUAACUGCAUACUCGAUCGCGUAUCAGUUGCUUAGCCUGUUCGGUUGCCGCCCUGUUUAUGCUUCAUGGGACGCGGUGGCGUUGAAGACUGCGAACUGUGUCGAUAAGGAGACAGUCUACAUGGUUCUCAGCAUCGCCAACAUCGUUAUGGAUGUCGUUAUCCUUGUGCUGCCGUUGAAGAUUGUCAUCCCUCUUCAAAUGGCGAGGCGGCAGAAAGCGUCGGUAAUUCUGCUGUUCGCAACUGGCACGUUUGUCUGUGCCGCAGCAAUCAAGCGCACCAUAAUUCUUCCUUCUUUAAUGGAGAGCCCGGACUACAGCUGGGACGUUGCCGAACAGUUCAAUUGGUCCUUUCUCGAAGCCAACGCUGGCAUAGUAUGCGCGGCUGUGCCGGGUCUCAAACCGUUCUUCUUGCGGUACCUCCCUAGCUUCAUUUCCUCGCGCAUUACAGGUCCCAGCAACAGGACUGGCAAGAAGUCUCUCCCGUACAACACCGUCAUUGAGAACAACAAGAAGAGAAGAAACAUGCAAUCUGAAUCUUACGAGCUUCACUCUCAGGAUGACAUAUCUGAGGGAGGUUCAGGGAAGGUGGACGAUGAGACAAAAUUGUGUUCAGGAAGUGUUCUCCGCAAGGAUGCUACGAAUCAUCGAGAGACCAUCAUACAAUCAGGAGGUAUGAGUGGUGAAAAACAGAUCAGUCAUAUUGAUGGGGGUAAACUAUCGAAUAACGGGGGUACGGAUAACGAUUCGUCGAUUGCCAAUCUCUCCGUUGCCUUUGAUGGCAGGGGAAUCAAGGUUACACAUGAGACCGAGGUUUCUUACAGCAAGUGA